ACUGAAAAUGUCGCGUAGUGACUAUUUCUAAGAGCUAUGCUGAGUGUAUGGGUGGCAUUUGAAUGGCAACAUAAGUUACUUUGUCAAACUGACAAAUCGAUAGCCUACAAAAGCGACCCUAUCGUUCACACCUCACACACUGUAGGCCUAUCCCUUAUUCAUACUUGAUUCGAUUCAUUUAGCUGACAGUGGUGGUUUAGGAUCGUCCAUUCGUUUUAUUUCCUCAUUCCUGCAGCAUCUGGCACUUCCACCGGUGUAGUCAGGAAGUUUGUAAUGCAGGUGUCUUGGUUUCUGCUUCAUUGAUCUGGGAUCAAAAGAAACGGCAAUUUAUUUCGGGACUAAUAUUCGACCUACAAUAAGAUAGGCCUAUAGAUCUAAAUAACGUUGACGUGAUAGUGUCCAGUUUAUCGAAAACUCAACUACAGCCUACCUGUGGAACACCUGUCGCUGUCACCAUCUUCACAGGACAAUGGACCACGACUUAAACAUCGCGUGUCGAAACUGAGCGAAACUGGUGGAAGGAACAUUGUGAAGGCAGUGAAACAUAAUUUGUUGUCGUCUAAUUUCUGAUAUGGAUUCAAUGCUUUCUGGAACAAAAUUUACUCCCACGCAGGAUGAUGAGGGGGACACUUCCAUCCAGUUCCUGCCUGCCUCAGAUUUCACAAAGCUGGAGAAAAAGAGAGGGCACAAGAAGAAGAAGAUUGGUUUAGGGAUCGGCUUUGUAGUACUGGCAGCAGUGAUAGCCCUCACAACAGGACUGCUGGUUUGGCACUUCGACUUGCGCAAAGAUGUGAGAGAAACAAAGAUCUACGUUGGCUCUAUCAGCAUCCCUAGCCAAAGAUUUGUAGAUGAUUAUGAGGACUCCAACAGCACAGAGUUUCAAAACCUGGCCAUGCAGGUGAACGACAAGCUAAAGAAUGUCUACAUGAAAAUACCAGUGCUGUCCAAAUAUUUUGUUGGAUCAACAGUGCAAGAUUUCAGUGAGGAUGAUAGUGGGAAUGGAGACAGUGUAUUGGCUUAUUACCUGUCAGAGUUUGAGGUCCCCAGACCACUUGAGGAUGAUGUGGACGAGGCUAUCGGCGCUCUGGUUGUGACGGAGGGCGGUCAGCAGGGUCGCAUGGGUCGCAGGCCGGUCAGCUCCCUCAGCAUGAACAACGUAAUUUCUGGAGCUCUAGACCCCCGGAUGACAAAGACAACAUUCAAAGACAAAAAGAAAUACUCCUAUCACACCCACAAUGGUGAAACAGGGACACUCCAAUCACCUGGCUUUCCUGACUCUCCUUAUCCUCCCAACACCUUCACCCAGUGGAGGCUGCGGGCAGAUCCAGGCUACAGGGUCAAGGUGGUGUUUGACACCUUCAACCUGGAGGAAGACUGCCAGAAGGACUUCAUCAAAGUGUAUGACUCACUGGUGCCCAUGGAGCAACGCAUGUUGGCAGAGAAGUGUGGGUAUAUGAACCCCAAUGAGCCCCUCUCCUUCACUUCCUCUGGGAAUGUUAUGCUGCUGAUAUUGGUCACCAGUGAGGAGAAGAACUUCCCUGGUUUUAGGGUCAGAUACUUCCAGAUUCCCUUAAAAGCUACAGAUUGCGGAAAGAUAUUGUCAGGACUGAAGGGCACCUUCACAUCACCAAGCUUCCCGUCCUAUUACCCACCCAAGACUAAAUGCAUCUGGGACAUUGAGGUCCCAAUAGAUAGGUUCAUCAAGGUUCAGUUUAGCAAGUUUAUGUUGGCUGAGCCAGUGAAGGAUAAGACAUGUUCUAACGACUACGUAGAGGUCAAUGAAGAAAGGCUAUGUGGUGAGAAACGAGACAACACUGUGGUCAUCAGCAAGACCAACCAAGUCCGGGUGGUAUUUAACUCUGAUAUGUCCCAUGUGAAUAGAGGUUUCUCUGCGGAGUUCGAAGCCUUUUUGCCGUCUGAUCCUUGUCCCGGGAAGUUUAAAUGCGCAAACAACCUCUGCAUCGACAACAGCAUGGAGUGUGAUGGCAGGAAUGAUUGUGGAGACAACACUGAUGAGGACCACUGCGAGUGCAAAGAGUCCCAGCUCCGGUGUGGAAACGGUCUGUGUAAAGCCAAGUUCUGGCAGUGUGACGGUCUGGACGACUGUGGGGACAACACAGACGAAGUCAACUGUGGGAGCUGUUCUACCGGGGAGUUUGCCUGCAGAAGUGGCGGCUGUGUCUCAGAGACACUCAAGUGUAACGGAUAUCCUGACUGCACCGACAGCUCAGAUGAAUCAAGGUGUCCCAAAUCCCUGGUAGUGCAAUGCUCUGAAAAUACAUACAAGUGUAAGAGCGGCCAUUGUAUCAGCAAGCUGAACCCAGAGUGUGAUGGAGAAGUAGACUGUGAGGACCGCUCAGAUGAGGCAGGUUGUGAGUGUGGAAUCAGACCCUACAAAAGCUCCCGAAUUGUGGGUGGAGAGUUCUCCAGUGAGGGGGAGUGGCCAUGGCAAGUCAGUCUUCAUAUCCGGGGAACUGGCCAUGUGUGUGGAGCCUCGGUCAUCAGUAACCGCUGGCUGGUCACCGCUGCCCACUGUGUCCAGGAUGACGAUAAAAUCAAGUACUCUCGACCAGACAUCUGGGAGGCUCACCUUGGCCUUCUCAUCCAGAGUCAGACUAACAAGUGGACCAUAAAGAAGAACUUGAAACAGAUCAUUCCUCACCCUUCCUACACCCCUUUCAACUAUGACAAUGACAUAGCACUCAUGGAACUAGAGAGUAAGGUCACACUCAACGAGAACAUCUGGCCUAUCUGCUUACCAGCUUCUUCUCAUGAUUUCCCUGCUGGCAAAUCUGUGUGGAUCACUGGCUGGGGGCACACUAGAGAGGGAGGGUUCGCUGCCAACAUCUUGCAGAAGGCAGAGGUCCGUGUCAUCAAUGGAACAGUUUGUAACAAGCUGAUGGAUGGGCAGAUCACGUCACGCAUGUUAUGUGCAGGUGUUCUGACAGGAGGAGUGGAUGCCUGUCAGGGGGACUCUGGAGGUCCGAUGUCUUCCACAGAAGCACAAGGGCGUGUCUUCCUGGCGGGCGUGGUGAGCUGGGGCGAUGGCUGUGCCCGCAAGAACAAACCUGGCGUCUAUACUCGUGUGACUAAGUUCAGGGACUGGAUCAAGGAGAAAACAGGGGUGUAGCAUACUAGGAACUGGGUUGACAGGAUGAGCUGGUUACACACCCAAUAACUGUCACCCUUAGCAUGAACUCUUCAGGCUUCUGGUUGUUUUUCACGCCAUGACAUGAAGUCCCAAUCCUUAAAAUUCAAUUACAUUGUAUGGUGUUUAUAUGCUUUUGUGUUUUUAUCUGUUGUGUUUUUGAUGUAUGUAUUUGUUUACCAGGGAAAUAAUUUUUGACAAUUCAUUCGACAUGUGUCUCUUGUUUACUCAAUUCAAAUUGGUAGAGUAAUUAAAGUGGAUGUAGUGAUUCAAGCAUGUUUUGCUGGUUUAACUGAGGAACAUUUUAAGAUUCACCCUACCUAUUAAUCAAUGGAUAGUUUGUUAUAAUCGCACUGGGUCCAUGGUUUUAUAUUUAAUAAUAAUUACAUUUGUAUUUAUCAAAGAACAGCAAAAUUUAACAUACCAUGUGUGCUGUGACAGAAAAGAGCACAGAUUCUAAUCUGAGUUCUUGGAGUUUUCACUGAGAAAGGCACAUUAUUUACAUAAUCAGGGAAACUAAACUUAAAUAGAUGAAUUAAUAUUGUUCAGUUUAUACCAUCUGUGAUUCAAUACCAAAUCUCAGUUUAGCUGGUAAAGUAACUAAGAGGGUUUACAUGUGGUGUACAGUAUUUUUGAUACAUUUAAAUGAUCUGUCCUGAAUAUAAAUUAUUAUAUAGAUUAAGACUCUCAAAAUGUGGAUGAGCGUGAGGGGUCUAUUGUCUGAAUAUAUUGACUUUGAAUGAACAUUCCUUAUUUCCUUAUUUCCUAAACAUUCUGGUGCUUACACUAUAUGUGAAUGUAAAUAAUUUGUGAUAGAGGGCUUCACUACAGUGAAAUCAUAUUUUUGCUACGGAAAUGUUUGAUGCCUGCUUAACCUCUGUUUUUAUGAUGUUGUUUUUUGGUUGUUGACAUUUUUUAAUGUGUACAUUUAAAUGUGUGAUUAUUUCUGAUUCAUCUAGUAUGUGUGUUUCAAUAAGGCUUCAUUGCAUUUAGACCUAGGCUAUGCAAACCUUAAAAAUAUUUGGAAAGACAUAAACAUGCUUGCUUAUUUUUUAAUUAUUA